UAAGUAAUACUACUAAAAAAAAAGUAUGUGUAAGUAAUACCCGCCACCCAAAAUAUAAAAGCUGUCUCGCCUUGAAGGUAAGAAUUAAGAUAGCCAUCAAUUUGUUGAUGGUAAUGCUUGUCUCUCUGUUAGCAUGUCCACCUUGAAGCUGGAAUAUUCCCCUUUGUAUAUGAUAAGGUACUUACUUAAACAAAAAAAAUUAAAAAAGACACCACGAAAAUGAAAAUUGAAAGUGAAUUUACCAACCGAAAACCGUACACAUAUUAAAAGUGCCGAGAGAUAAUUAAAACCUAUCAAUUAUCAACUGGAUAGGGCGAUCCCAGCUAACCUCGACAUGGUCCUGAGCUACUCCCCCUCGUCUAGACAUGAACUUGGGCUUUGUUUUCCUUUCCCAAAAACGAAGGGUGCAAAACUUUUUGUACCAAUGAUUGCAUUCAUGUCCAACAAGCUUAUCCAACCAGCAAUCCUAGCUCCCCAAGUGGUUCCUCUGAUAUGCAAAAUCAAAGCAAGGAUGAGAAGUUGCAGAGUGGUCUCAGCCACAUAUCCAAUGACAAAGAGCAAUGGAUUUAGGCCUACUCAUACUACCAAGGUUGCUGAGCAGAACGCUGGCUUAGUCGGUGAGGAAGAUGUACAAGAUCUUAUAACACUUUCCCAGCUCAAAACUAAACUCUACCAGGAAGUCAACGGAAUCAAUAGGGGGAUUUUCGGAGUACCAUCCUCGAAGAAAUCUGAUAUCGAGGCUCUGGUGAAGCUGCUAGAAUCUCAGAACCCAACUCCAGAUCCUACCUUAAAUCUAGAUAAGGUGGGUGGUUGCUGGAAGCUUGUUUACAGUACAAUUACAAUCUUGGGUUCAAAGAGAACAAAGCUGGGAUUGAGAGAUAUCAUCAGCUUGGGAGAAUUUUUCCAGACCAUUGAUGUUGAAAAGAGCAAAGCGGUUAACGUGAUCAAGUUCAAUGCCAGAGGAUUGAGUUUGCUGAAUGGGAAGCUGACGAUUGAAGCGUCCUUCAAGAUCGCUUCCAAAUCAAGAGUUGAGAUAAAUUAUGAUAACUCAACGAUCACUCCAGAUCAGUUGAUGAAUGUGUUCCGGAAAAAUUAUAAUCUGUUGCUAGCUAUCUUCAAUCCAGAGGGGUGGCUGGAGAUCACAUAUGUAGAUGAUACCAUGAGGAUAGGGAGAGAUGACAAAGGAAAUACCUUCAUAUUAGAAAGAUCAGAAGAAGACAUCAAUGUGUUGACUUAAAUUCAAUCGUUAACUCCCAAGGAUUUCAACAUUUCAUUUCAGACAAGGCACCAAAAAGAUAGCGUACAAUGUUAGGUUUGGCAAAAAUGCAAAGAGGAUUGCUUUUGUCUC